AUGCUGGUGCUGUCCACGGGCAACGGCACCCACGGCUUCACCUACGACUCACUGCUCGGCGAAUGGGUCCUCACACACAGGUCCAUCACAAUCCCGAAGCGCGGCGUGAUCUACUCCCUCAACGACGCACGCCAGUUCGACUGGCCCGACGGCCUGUGGCGGUACAUCGACGCGAUACGGCAGGGCAAGGGGCAGCACCCCAAGCAGUACAGCGCGCGCUACAUCUGCAGCCUGGUCGCGGAUUUCCACCGGACACUGCUGUACGGCGGCUGGUGCGCCAACCCGCGGCCCCACCUGCGGCUGGUCUACGAGGGCAACCCCUUGGCCAUGCUUUCGGAACAGGCUGGCGGCCGUGCCAGCGACGGCGUUCGGCGCGUGCUGUCCAUUGCACCAGAGGCGCUGCAUCAGAAACUGCCGCUGUUCCUGGGGAGCCCUGACGACAUCGCCGAGCUGGAGUCUUACGGCGACGUGCAGCAGGGGGGCGGCAAGAAGUACGACGUGUGA